AUGCAUCUUUCAUCAUUUCUGGUCGUCAUUGCCGGCAUUUCGGGCGUGCACGCCUUUUAUCCAUGGGAAUUACGGAUACUCUCCACGGAAACUACAGUCGAACGUCGCUUUGUUCCAUGGACUUUGAACGAACCGACGCUCGAGGAGAGCACCGACACAAAACCAUGGACCCUUGACCUGAAAAAAAUGCCCGUUCGUCGCGACGAUGGCUAUAAGAUCGUUGAGUCCCAUAAGCCGACAUUGGCAAACAGUGCACCGUUAAACCAGGACGGAACAGACUAUUCAUACUUUUCUCCCGUCCUAGUAGGUUCUCAAAAGCAAGAAAUGUGGAUGGCAAUCGACACUGGAGCACCCAAUACCUGGGUCUUCGACUCGAAAUGCACCGAACCUGUCUGCACACGUCAUCACAAAUUCGACCAGUCAGCAUCAACCAGCUGCACCACCGACGGUUCGACUUUCAGCCUUUUCUAUGGUAGUGGCAAGGUCUCUGGAAAUAUGGGGAAAGACAUCUUCUCAAUUGCAGGGCUCGAAGUCUCGCAAACCUUCGGUUUAGCCAACAAUGCCUCGGAAGCUUUUCAGAGUUAUCCAUUUGACGGGAUCCUUGGCCUGGGUCGGUCGCGUACUGAAGGCUGGGAUUUGCCGUCUUUCAUGGACCUUGUUGCCGAGAAAAAGCUCAUUAAAUCAAACUUGGUUGGGUUCAGUCUCUCUCGCUCCGCAGACCAUGCCAAGGAUGGGGAAAUCAACUUUGGUGAUGUCGACACAACCAAAUUCGAUGGUACCAUCUCCUACACGGCGACUAACGACAAGAUCUGGAGUAUCCCCCUGGAUGAUGCUCAUGUGAAUGGUCAAAGGUGCAAAUUCUCCGGAAAAUCUGCCACCAUCGAUACCGGCACCACAUAUAUCCUGAUCCCUCCCGCGGACGCCAAAGUCUUGUUUUCUCUCGUUCCUCAUUCAUCCCAGCAGCCCUCCAAUCCGAACAAUUAUCUGAUCCCAUGUAACUCGACUGCUACUAUAGAGUUUGAAUUUUCUGGUGUCAAAUAUAGCGUUUCCCCCAAGGACUAUGUCGGAAAUACCGAAUCGGAAGGUUCGGACUUCUGCAUUUCGACUAUUGUCGGCUAUGCAUCCAACGGUGCAAACUGGCUCGUUGGCGAUGUCUUUUUGAAGAACGUUUACACUGUGUUCGACUUCGACAAUGGACAAAUCGGUUUCGGUGCGCUUGCUUCCGCCUCAUCCUCAUCCUCAUCUCAGGGCAAUGGGACAUUCACUGCACCGCCAGUCACUGGCACUGCCGCAUCCACUGCUGAUAUCACAUCAUCAUCGACCUCGGCAAAGACCACAGUCUCUGACAGUUCCGCAUCCCACCUCAUUCGUGGCAUUAGCUGGUCUAUGCUAACGGUCAUGAUUGGCGCAUUCGCUAUUUGA